AUGAGCUACUACAGUUCCAGCCCCACCAUCCUGCAGCACCCCUGUGAAGGGUUUGACUCUAAAGGGCAGCCAAAGGUAUCUGCGUACCUAGGGAAGGAUGUUUUCAUCAGCAUGGAUGCUUCUGAGAGCAGCCUCUCCCCACUCCCCAUCCCAGAAGAACUUAAGGCCAAAGAAGCUGUUGUCAGCACCAUCACCUUUGUGCACACAGAGUGCCUCCCAGAUUGUAGUCUUGACCCAGAAUGGAUGUCCUUAUGGCAGCAUCAGGCUGACUUCUAUGAUGGCAUACGUGAUGGAGAGAUGUCUACUGCCACUGUGGACAUCCCUGACAAUGUCAUUGGCUGUAUUGAUGUGGCUCCCGUGACUGCGCAUAUUGCAGUGUCCUGCCCACCUACAAAGCAUAUCAGAAUUUUUAAAAAUGUAGCAGCAUGCAGAAAAGGCUUCAUUCAGGAAAGGACGCUGAGAAAUAAUUUCAGUUAUACAAUCAGCCAUAAUAUACAUGACCCACAGUUUCUCGCUGGAGAAAAUACACAACAGGACACUCUACAGAUCAAAGCUAACUUUACAAAUCUGGGAUGUCCUCUCCGUCCUCUCCUGAUAUAUUGCAAAAAUCCUCAGGUGCCAGUUCUUGAGUUAUGGGAAGAUAAUAAAUAUCAGAAGCAUGUCUCUGCUGACUUUAUGUUUGAAAUACAUGGAAUGCGUAACUGUGAUUAUCUUUUGACUGCAUAUGAUGCCAAGUGCUUCUCUCUACCUCAGAAUUGGACUUCUUUGCUGAAAGAACAGGAGUUGCCAGAUCCACAUACUGCAUGGACCAAAAGUAACUAUAUGAGCUGUAAGAAUAGGAGUGAAUCUGAGUUAAAGUGGCCUUCCAUCAAGCAUCCGAUUCUUCAAAGAGAAAAUAAGAUCAUUUUCCCUUCAUAUAACGGUCUAUACAUCUUUAAAGCCAGUGUAGUGGAUACAUUUUACAGUUAUUGUGAUUUACCUGUAACCUUCUCAGUAUAUAUGCAUGGUGCUUUUCCCAUGAGCCAUCUAAGCUUUUGGACAGCACUGUCAGGCAUUCUGAAUUUAUUUUUGAUUUUGACAAGAUAUUCCCCACCUUAUUUAUCGCUAAAAACUGAAUGCCAAAAAAAAUGCCAAGAGUCAAAGUGCUUUGACUGCAAUUUUUGA